AUGGCAGCAAUAUGGAUCACCGACAAGGGGAGCGAAAAAAGCAAAAGCAUCAAACUAAGUGAAAGAGGAGACGGAUAUGUGGCAGUUGAAACGGGCCAAACUGUUAUGAUCAGCUGCUACAUAUCCCCAAAUAUCCAAUUUGACGAUUUCACGGAAAAACUCGAAGGCAUUGAAGAAAUAAUCAACAGAAAAAGAGAAAAGAAAGUAAUAAUAGCCGGGGACCUCAAUGCCAAGUCAACGGGGUCAACCUCCAUGAUUGACAUAAUAAUACUAGACAGCAAGACAUACAAAACAAUGCAGAGUAGCAUAAUACUGGACAGAUACACAGGCUCGGACCACAAAUACCUUGUGCACAAUUUCAAACUCAAUAACGACAGCGGUAACAGCAAUAAUAAGAGAAGCAAUAGUAAUGAUAAAAUAAACAAUAAAGGCAUAAUUAACUACAGGAGAUUCUUAGAAAUAUACGAUAACAAAAUCAAUAGUAAUACCAACGAGGAAUGGACGAACAACCGCGUAGACAGGUAUAUAGAAAUAAUUGAAAGCGCAGCAAACGAGGCGCGAAGAUCACUACCAGUAAUGCUACAAAGCAAACAAAAAGCACACUGGUGGAAACCAGAGCUGCAAACGCUAAGAAGCGAAUGUCACCAUGCGAGGAGAAAAUUACAAAAGGCAAGGAAAAAGAAGAGAAAUGACUCGAUCGUAGAAAAUCUAAGGAAGGAGUACAAGGCAAGAAAAGAUAAUCUUAAAAGAGAAAUCAAGAUAGCUAAAAUAGAGUCGUGGAAGAGGCUGCAGAAUAUGGUCGAAGAUGACCCGUGGGGGAGACCCUACAAAGCAGUCUUCGCGACUUUAAAACCUAGGGCCUCUCCGAACAAGCUGAACAAAGAAGACAUGGAAAUGAUAAUAGAUGGACUAUUUGUCACAACGCCGCAGGCUACAGGAGACAAUAGUCAAAACACAAAAUUAGAAAGAAGGGGAAUCGAUGAAAUACUAGGCAUCAGAGUAAGAGAUGCAAGAGUAAAUAAGGACCAAAAAGUGACAGCGGAAGAGAUUAAAACAAUAGCCAGGAGCCUGAGUGAAAAAAAGGCUCCGGGAAUAGAUGGGCUACCCAGCAAAAUAGCUAAAAUAUUAGCGGAACAAAGGCCAAGUACACUACUAGACAUGUACAAUGCGUGUUAUGACAAUGGAUAUUUCCCGGAUAGAUGGAAGACGGGGAAACUGGUACUAAUACCGAAGAAGGGAGAAGCGAAGGGGACACCAGCAGAUUGGAGGCCCCUGAGCAUGAUUUCCAACCUAGCAAAGGUUAUGGAACGAACAAUGAAGGACAGGAUCUUAGAAGAGGCAUCCUUCGAGGACAACCAGUUCGGCUUCCGCAAGGGGAAAUCGACCACUCAUGCGCUUAUCAGUGCAGUACAAGCCUGGAAUGAAGCUAAGGCUAAAAACCUACAUUGCAUCCUAGUGACAUUGGAUGUGAAAAAUGCCUUUAACACUAUACGCACAACAAGUAUAGAGAAGGCCAUCAACAAUAGGAAAUUUAGCCCGAAGCUCACAAAUGUUCUCAAAAACUAUCUGAAGAAUAGGGAGAUUGUUUACCAAAUUGAGGACGCAUGCUUCAGGAAAAACGUUUACGCCGGGGUUCCACAGGGAUCUAUAUUGGGUCCUAUCCUGUGGAACCUGGUAUAUGACUCCCUGUUAAAGAUUAAACUACCCCAGGGAUCAAAGAUAUUAGGGUAUGCGGACGACGUCGCACUAAUAAUACAUGGAAGAGACACGGAAGAAAUAGUGAAGACAGUAAAUAGUGCGACGAAAACCAUAGAAAAAUGGUUCGAAAAUGAAACAAUGACCCUAGCGAAAGAAAAAACGGAAAUUAUAUUACUGACCGGUAGAAAGAUAAGCAAACAACUAGAUUUCCAAAUAGGGGAAGUUCGUAUACAAAACAAAAAAGAAGUAAAGUACCUGGGGGUAACAAUAGAGGACAACCAGAUGUACAAGGCACACAUAGACAAGGUAUGCAAUAAAGCCAUCAACACGGCAGGGGCACUGGUCAGAUUAUUGACUAAUACAGGAGAAGCACAAUAUCACACCAGAUGCCUCUACUACAGAGUGGUUGAGUCAGUCAUAAUGUACGGAGCUCCGGUGUGGCAUGGCGCAUUAGAAAUAGAAUGGAAUAAGAGAAAGGUCCAUAAAGCACAGAAAACCAUUCUAAUCAGGAUUGUAAGGGCAUAUCGCACCACUGCACAUGCCACACUGUGUGUACUGGCAGGACAGCCGCCAUGGAAUCUGCUGGCGGCUGAAAGAUAUAGAAGCUACGCAAGAAUAGAAAAUAUAAAGAAAGACAAUAGAAGUAGCACAAGCAAAGACCAGAUUAAGAAGGAAGAAAAGAAGAAAACAAUGGAACUCUGGCAAAAGGAAUGGAGCACGUCGGCACACAGAGAAUGGACGCGACGGCUCAUUCCGAGAAUAGAAGACUGGGUAGAGUGGGGUCCACAAAUAUUGGAUUACCAUCUUACGCAAUGUUUAGGUGGUCACGGAUGUUUUGCGGACUACCUAAACAGGAUGCAAAAAAUAGAUAGCCCGAGAUGCUGGUUCUGCGAAGAACCAAUAGACGAUGCAAAUCACACCCUUUUCCGAUGCAGGGAAUGGACAACGGAAAGGGAAGAAAUGCAUAAAGAAAUCGGAGUAGAGCUGACUCCAGAAAACCUCAUAGAUAGGUUAAAAGACGAGGGUAACAGGAAGGCUACCAAAGCCUACAUCAAGAAGAUAAUGGAAAAGAAGGAAAAUCAAGAAAGACACAAACAAAAGAAAGAAAGGGAAAGAAGAAAGAAAGGUCUCAUGAUGGUAUGA